GCUUUGGAUCGAGAGCUAGGGUUCCUCUCCAGAAUGGGAUCGAUCGAUCUCCGCCGGAUGAUGCUUUUCUCCGCCGUGCUGAGGCUCCUCCUCGUGGUCUACGGGGAAUGGCAGGACGCCCACAUGGGUCGCUACACCGACAUCGACUACCUCGUCUUCUCCGACGCCGCCGCAAUGGUCGCCGCCGGGAGGUCGCCGUUCGAGCGCUCUACGUACCGCUACUCCCCUCUCCUGGCCUUCUUGCUCGUCCCCAAUUCCACCUUCCAUAGAUCCUGGGGGAAGCUCCUCUUCUCGGCUGCAGGCAUGGAAGAAAAAUUUGCUGUGGGUUUAUUUAUAGAUACUAUUCUGAAGCUACGCGGCGUGCCUGAGAAUCUGCGUCUUUGGUCCGUGGCUGCUUGGCUCUUCAAUCCAUUCACUUUCACCAUUGGCACCAGAGGAAACUGUGAGCCCGUUGUUUGUGUGAUUAUUCUGUGGAUAAUCCUUUGUCUUAUGAAUGGUAAGGUGGUUCAGGCAGCAUUCUGGUACGGGCUUGUCGUCCAUUUUAGGAUCUACCCUAUCAUAUAUUCCCUUCCUUUAGUCCUUGUUCUCAGUCAACAAAAUAUAAGUCCUGCUGGGAAGCCUUACCUUUGGCAGUGGAGUUCUGGUCAAACCACAUCUGGUCAAAGUUCUGAUACUAGAGCUGCAAAACCAUCUGUAUCUUGGACUGCUCCAUGGGUUUUCCUUAGAGGCAUUAUAACAAGGGACACAGUACUGUUUGGUUUUCUGUCCGGAUGCAUGUUCUUCCUCUGGACUGCUAUAUUCUUCCAUCUCUAUGGAUGGGACUUUUUAAAUGAAGCACUGCUGUAUCAUCUCACACGUAGUGAUCCAAGGCACAACUUCUCGAUAUAUUUCUAUCACAUCUAUCUUCAUCACCAGCAGGGAUUCUCGGCACUAGAGAAGCUCAUUUCUUUUCUUCCUCAACUGAUGGUGCAGUUUGCAUUGAUCUUGUGCUUCGCAGGAGACCUUCCAUUUUGCCUUUUCGUGCAGACAGUUGCAUUUGUUGCUUUCAACAAGGUUAUGACUGCACAGUACUUUGUGUGGUUUUUCUGCCUCUUGCCUUUGAUUCUUCCAUGGAGCAACAUGAGACUGAAAUGGAAAGGUUUGAUCUGUAUUUCUGUUUGGAUGGGGUCUCAGCUUCAUUGGUUAAUAUGGGGUUACCUGCUGGAGUUCAAGGGGUUGAACGUCUUCAUACAAUUGUGGUUGGCAAGCUUACUGUUCCUGGUUGCAAACACCUUUGUUCUAUUUAUGGUAAUUAAACAUCAUAGGUACUCUCCAAUUUUCGUGCCAUUAGCAAAAUCUGGUAUGGGCUCAUGCUAGAAAAUUGGAGUGAUCUUUUUAUCCUUUUAUUUCAUUUAGGUUUAUGUUAAUGUUGCAAGUUAUGCUUCUGCUAAUUCUAGAAAAAUGUUAGAUUUUUGUUUUCUUUUUUUCUGGUCUCAUGGAGAUUAUAUUUAUGUUCCAGUUCCUUUUAUAUGGGAAGCCAACACAUCUAUUUACUAACUGGCAUAUUUAGUCUU